CUAGCUCGGGGUGGACUGCUGCGCCCUGGGGCUUCGCUCCGGAGGCCGCUCGCCCUCUCGGAGCCCCGGGACUGCGGGGGGUCAGCUGGGGGCGGGGAGCGCCGCGACGGCCACGAGCCCGGGAACCUGCGCGCGCCCGCGCGCGGGUGGCAGGCCCCGGGCCCCGCUCCCCCGCCUCCCCCGCCGAGCUCCGCGGUGGUCUGCGCCGGCAGCGCGCGAGGCUUGAACCGCCCGAGCGGGCGCGCAGUCCCUCAGGCGGCUUCCCGUCGGCGCCGCGCCAUGGACGCUCGGCGAGCGGAGGUCCGCGCUUUGGAAGCCGAGAUCGCGGCCCUGCGGCGCGCGUGCGAGGAGCCGCGGACGCCGGGGGAAGACACCUCGCGAGCGCGAAAAUCCCUUCAAGAAAUACAUCAGUCAGAUUCUGGAGAAUGGGCCGCUUCAAAAGAUCUGAGAGGUCAUCUUGGACAUUUAGAAUCAGAACUUCUUUUUCUAAGCACACUUACUGGCAUCAAUAUAAUAAAUUACUCCAUGAAAACGGAGGACCUAACAAGCACUGAGAAUACAGAAAAGAGUAUAAAGAAAGUUCUGCAGAGACACAGGUUAUCAGGAAAUUGCCACAUGAUUACAUUUCAACUUGAAUUUCAGAUUCUGGAAAUCCAGAAUAAGGAGAGUUUAUCUUCUGUUAUUACUGACCUCAACAUAAUAAUGGAGCCCACCGAAUAUUCAGAAUUAAGUGAAUUUGUGUCUAGAGCAGAAGAUAGAAGAGAUCUAUUGAUGUUUUUCCGAAGCCUACACUUUUUUGUGGAGUGGUGUGAAUAUCGUAAGUGCACAUUUGAACACUUCAAGGAGAAGUACUCAGAAGCUGUGCGCCUCCCGGAGGGGGCCGCCUCCAGCUGCAUGGUGGUCCAGAGCCCCCGCCAGCCCGGGUUUGAGCUCGUAAUCGUUUGGAGGAUACAAAUAGAUGAAGAAGGGAAGGUUUUGCCGAAGCUGGAUCUUCUCACCAAAGUGCCACAGCAAGCCCUGGAGCUGGACAAGAACCGAGUCCUGGAAACUGCCCCCCUCGGCUUCCGGGCCCUGCUGGGCGUGCUGGGCAUUGAAGCCGCCCUAGAGAGCCUGAUUACGUCGCUCUGCGUGGGGGAAAACCACUAGUUCCUGGCAAACACGCAGUUUCAGGGACACCACAGGAGGCGGUUAGACCUUGUGCAGAACUAACGUGCAGUCCUCACUUUCCUUGAACCUGGCUGACAUCACGGCCGCGUCUUUGGCAUGUACAGUCUUUGAGUAGUAGUUGACGAUCUUCCCAUCCA